AUGGAUUCACAUCGCUGUCAUCAUUGUGGUAGUAUAGGACAUAAAAAGUUUGAUUGCACUGAGAGAUGCCGUGUCGGCUGUAAAUGGUGCGAGAAUCCACCAGUUCGCAGACCUCCCGCUUCUGGUAAAAUGAAUUCAGAUACGCUCUCACGUCAAAAUAACAAUAACAAUGCCCGAGAUCAACAAAAUGUUAUGCAAUUGGGACCAAAUAAUAUACCACAGCUUGGAUCCAAUACAAUUAAAUUGGCCCCCAAGAAUAUUGGGGGCGGAACGAGUGGUAGUGUACGUCUAGUAGGAGGAUCUUCAUCAGGAGGUGCAGGACAAAAUGUUGGAUCUUAUAGUCAAAACACGGCUAUUCCUACCAUGCAAUUAGGAACAACAACAGCGAAUCUUCCCAUUCUUAAGCCUCAGAACGUUGGCUCUUUAGCUCCUGCAAUUUUAAGCCAAGCUACCAUGCAACCACUUGCAAAAUCAAUUUCCACAACAUGGCCCGCUAUUCAGCAGUCAUCACAGCCACAGCAACAACAAGUCUCUUUAAUUGGUUUACCUUUUAAUUUACAGCAAUCAGCAACUAUGCUUACAAAUGGACAGCCGCAUAAUCAAUUCCAACAAUCGCAGAUCCAAUUGUUAAAUGGAAAUUCAGAAUAUCAAUCUUUAUCUGCGUCAAGCUUACCUCAACAGCUCUUUGCUUUAACUGGAAAUCAAAUGGAUCAGUCACAAAAUCAGGUAUCAGUAGUGCCUUCAGAUCAAUCAAAAGAAAAAAUAACAGCUUCCUUAACAUAUCCUCCACAACCGAGUCAACCGAUAAUUAGUGUCAAUAAUAGUCAUAAUGAUAUUAAUGGUUCUGCUCUAGAAAACAAUACAUUGGAAUUGGAGACUCAAAGAAAGAAAGAAUCCUCUCAGGAAGGGCCCGUUUUAUCAGCUGCUGCUUCUUCAUUAAAUAAGGAACAAGAAUCAAAUGUCAUCACAGCUGAGAAACAAGGAGCUCAAGAGUCUAAGGUAUUAAAGUCUAACAGAGAAAGAAAACCUGGCGAGACAAAUAUGGCAAUCAUUAAUAAGCUCCAAGUGUUGAAGAAUAAAUUAAAAGCGGGGCAAAAGUUUAAGGCAAAAAGCAGUGAAAAUUCUUUGAUCGACUCGAAAAUAGCAAGUGAUUUGUUAAAUGAGAUAAAACAAGAACACAUAAAGAAUAUUGAAAAGAGUAAUACUGCUGCUACUUCUACUGCUACUUCUGGUGUAACUGCUUCUACUGGUACUACUAAUAAUACGUCUAUUACUUCUGCUACUUCCAUUACACAAAAAGAUGAAGAAAAGGAAGAAAAAAGGUUAUUAAAUAUCAAGACAGAGGAGGAAUCAUCUAUUAUUGAAACACAACAUAAUGAGUAUCGUCCGGAAUUUAUAAAAAGUGACAGAGAUCGACAGCCUCUUGAAUUUGAACGGUCACUUAGAAGUAGAUCAGCAAGUCCAAGGCGAGGAGAUACUCAUGAAUAUACUCGCAGCUUUCCAGAAUACGCUAGAAAUGAAUCUCCAGGAAAAAAUUAUUCUAGAUCUGUAAUAGACUAUGAUUAUCGUUAUAAUAGUUCGCGUUAUCCUCCUGGGCAUGAUAAAUAUUAUUCACGUGUUGGAUCAUCAAUCACAACAGUAGCAGCAGUACCAGGCGCAGUAUCUGAAGAUAAAUUUGAGAAAUAUUAUCCACGUUCUAUGUCGGCUGCACCCUAUGAAGAUUAUUAUUCUAGUAGUAGAUAUAAUGAAAAAUAUGAUGAGCGAGGAGUAGGGGGACAUUAUCGGGAGUAUGAAAGAGAGCCUCCAGUAACUCGUGGAAGAUCUCGUUCACCCACCUUUUAUCGUCCCGCUUAUGAAGAUCAUCAUAAUCGUAGAUUUAAUGGAUCAUCAUCUCCUUGGUAUGCUCACAAUAAUAAUCCAUAUGACCGUGAUUAUCAAUUAUCUAGAACAGAUAUCUAUUAUGACUUGCCAAGGGAAGAUCGUUAUGAACGAGAACGAGCUUAUUCAUUACGCCCGGAAGCUGAAAGAGGAGGAUACAUGGAAAGAGAAUUUUCUCGAUCUGCUGUCGACUUUGAAUACAAUCCGCGUAGAAGGCCACUUGAACGCUGGUGA